CUCGUACCGAGCAGAUCGAUGUUGGUCGUCGUCGUCGUCGUCGUCGAGUAGCGAUCAAGAGAGCGGUGCGCAAGUUCGCUUUCAUUUCCGGUCCUCCUGCUGCAUUCUUUAGUAACGGUGUUGUUGUUGUUUUCGUUCUAGCUGAUUGUUACGAUUUUUUUUUACUCGAUCAUCAAUCUGUGUAUAAAUAAAAGAUUCUUUCCGAUCGAGACCGGCGCGGCGCGAUUUUGAUUGUAGCUCUCUUCAUACAGGUUGAGCCGUUCCUGUUCCGCGUUGUUUUGAAAUAAACGUUGAUUGUUCUUCGAGUUAAGUUCGCUUGAUAGGUAUAUCAACCUACGGACGUAACGACUUCGUAAUGUAAACGUUGUGUGAUCGCUCCUGCUACACUUUACGCUGAUUCAUCUGUUCUACAUUGUGCGUAGAUUGCACGCUUAGCAGAGAUUUACGAUCGUUUCGCGAUCAACUAUCAGACAUAGUUGAAAUUCCGAGAUUUCUAGAAGAAUCGCUCGGUGCUGCUGUGGGGAAAAAUAACUAUUCGAUGCAUCUGCUUUCGGCUGUUUACUUUCGAAGCUCGAAGAGUAUCGAAUAUUGUGUGGAAAACAGGCCCUCGGAGGAAAAUCGGUUAGCAGACUGGUGAAGGUGCCUCAUCAUAGUCAUAGUCGUAGGGUUUCACUCAACCGAAAGUGAAUUUCGACUUGGCUAGAAGCGAUUAUUAUUUGCCUUAGUUUACUUUCGGUCUGACUGGCUGUGCUCUUAUACAAGGAAAGCGUUCCAUGCAAAAGUGCCAAGAUAAAUAGUGCCGGUGAAUCGUUGCACUUGUGUUUUGUGUUAGUGUUUUUGUGGCUUGAUUGAGUGCACCUACCGAGUCCGGGGAGGUGGCCGGAAGCAAUUUACGUUACGGUUUUUUUUUGUACCAACCAUAUCGGAAACCUCUCUUCGGUAAGGUGUUUAUCGAAUCCGAAGAAUUUGAGAAAUCGCAUGCUUCCAUCACUAAUAGAAGAAGUGCAACCAAAUCAUUGAGCUGCCUGCCUGCCUGCCUGACUGGGGACGAGGUUAACAACGGUUUAAGUUUCUCUAUCAGCGAGUGCCGGUCUCAGUGUAAUUACUGAAAAGCACCCAUUCUACUCCGAAGAUAAUGUCCAUCAACUAUGUGUACAAAGUGAAGAAAGGCAUCAACAAAGUGAUAUACGACAACCUCUACUUCAACUGCUCCAUGUUCCGAAAAAUGCACUACGAAGAAGUUCCCGAGGCAUAUGAAUAUGGAUACGGGAGCAACGGAAGCAAUCCAUACCAUCAGCAGCAGCAAACCUCCCCAACACACAGUCCAACCGGACGGGGGAGUCCUUUGGCUCAGCAAGGGGAUGCCGUCAUGAUCAAAAUAGACGUCCCCAUACCGCUAAGGGAUGAGCAACGGUUUCCGAAAGAAAUAUGGAAAACGUGUGUGGCGUUGUUUGUUCUAGUCUGCAAUUUCUUCCUGGCCACGGUAUCGCUAGCGAUGGUCCACGAUCGAGUACCUGAUCGCGAUCGAUAUGGCCCGCUGCCCGAUGUGGUACUGGAGAACAUACCGCAGCAGGGCUGGGCCCUCGAUGUAAGCGAAAUUCUCAUCAUGGUUGUGGUAAACUCGUGUGUGGUGCUGAUCACUUUCCACAAACACAGGUUCAUAGUGAUGCGACGGAUAUUCCUGCUGAUGUCCAUAUUAUAUUUUAUGCGCUCGAUCACUAUGUACGUGACGGUACUGCCAAUUUCGAACACCAACUACUACUGCAGUCCGAAAGCAAAUGUAACGACCCCGCUGGUGAUCGUGAAGCGCGCCUUCCAGCUCAUUUCCGGCUUCGGGCUGUCGAUCAACGGCAAGCACACCUAUUGCGGGGACUACAUCUACAGUGGCCACACCGUCACGCUGGUGAUGGGUUAUCUGAUUAUCGCCGAGUAUUCGCCAAAGAAGUUUUGGAUCCUACACUGGUUGGCGUGGUGCGCCAGUUUGACCGGGGUGACGAUGGUUCUGCUCGCUCACGGCCACUACACCGUGGACGUGUUAAUUGCGUACUACGUGACGACACGGCUCUUCUGGACCUACCAUACGCUGGCGAAUAACAGUUUACUGUUGAAGCAAAACGGCAACAACUACAUCGGCCGCGAGUGGUGGUUCUUCAUUUUCCGUUAUUUCGAAAAGAACGUGCGAGGUCCGGUACCGCUGCAAUACAACUGUCCAUUCCCCAUCCCGUGGUCCAAGAAAGUGCCAAAGUUGCCGAGUCGGGACAGCUGAUGGCCCAGGGACAUUUCGAGGAGCUGCGACGAACCCAGUCCCAUUAACAAUAACAGCACGCAUUGUGUCGACACCACUACAACAUCGAAGCACUAAACACUGUGCACAUAUUUAUUUACAAGAAAAUAAUGGCCUUUAUACCGCCAUCCAAACAACAACGGUUAAUGACGAAUUGACGAGGACCUGCUCCAUGGUCCGGAACCAAGUUACAGCGAAUGAUCAGCGAGGGAAGUUUCUUCAGAUGCCAGGCUUAUACAAAACAAAAAACGAUGUAGCAAAUCCAAACGCAUAAGACUUGAUAAACCUUUUUGUUUAGAGUUUAGAGAGAAAAUUAGGAACAAAAAAUAUGUUAAUAUUAUUUUAAGCUGUAGUGAAAGUUUAGAAACAAUGAAUAGUUUUGUUUUAACUUGGUACAUGUGUCGUAACAGAAACUGAACAUUGCUUUUCUGAAAACUGUCGGUUUGUUGAGAAUAAGUUUAUUUAUGACGUAGUUUUUGAUACACUUAUUACACGAUAGUACCAAUUAAAGUGAACCUGGCUAGUUCUAGUCAGCCUUUAAGAAUUAGUCGUUAAACAUAAGAAUAGAAACAACACAAAAUAUAACUACCGAAUCCCCCCGAUGAAAAAAUUAACUGUGGCAAAAACAAAACUAUCAGAAACUGCCUUCUACUUCAUCCACCUUGAUUUAUACAAAUUGGCAACUGUAAAAAAAAGUCAAGAACAUAAGGUCAAAAUUAAUAACAAUCCUUUAAGAUUUGAACUGAUUCGAGUAGGUUUUUACUUUCAUGUAGUAGUAAUAGAGAAAUUGGAGAUAAACCUAAAUAAUUUGUUCCAAAGAUCAAACAUUCGUGACGUGAAAUUGUUUUUAAUUUUUGCUAAACUUCAUAAACUACCUAGGUACCUACCUAUUACCUGAUAAUGAUCUAGAGAUUGCCAAAAUUACCAGCUUGGGAUUGGAGUCCGAAAAAAAACGGUUCGCAUCAGUCCUUAGCUGGUGUGAAAUUUGUUUUUUUAACCAAAUGUACCAGUUAUUCUUUGGAGUGCCUUAGAGAGGAUAAAUCGGCGGCUAUAAGACAAUAUUGUGAACAAUUACCUAUAUGGAAUAAAAUUU